AUUAAUUGAUGUAAGGAUUAAAAGUAACAAACUCGCAUAUCCGCAUCUAGUUCGAAAUUGAAAACUGCGCAACUAAAGUUAAAACCAAUGUUCCCAGUUUUUAUAAAAAUUGCAAUCAUUGCAGUGGUUGCAGCUGCUGCAACGACGGGAAUAAUUGUUGGAAUAAUAGUGUCUGUAGUGCCAACGGUUGAUAAAACAUGUUUAGAGUUAGAGCCGGCAUCAAAUUUAAAUGUGGAACACAAAGAGAACCACAUAAUUAUAAAAUGGUCACCCUCAUCAUCGUCUAGUUGCAACAUACAGUACCUUCUUAGCGUGGCGAUGGACGGAGAUGAAAAUCCCGCGGAAUACAACACCACGGAAACGUUUUUCACUAUAUCGAAAAUGCCGAAAUUAUGCACAACUAUGGAGGUUAAUGUCACGGUUGUAGGAGAAGAAAUGAAAAGUGAUAGCGUUUCAUUGCUAUAUUUUG